CAUCACUGAUGGGCACUGAAAGGCAGCACUCAUAUAUGGCACUGAUAGGCAGCACUGACGGGCACUGACUGGCAUUGAUAAGAGGCACUGAUUGGCACUGAUGGGUGACACUGAAAGGCAGCUCAGAUGGGCACUGAAAUGUGGCAUGGAUGAGCACUGAGAGCUGGCACUGAUGGACACUGACAGGUGGUGCUGCUGGGGCUACACAGAUCAUCAGGGCACACUGAUCAUCAGAGCUCUGAUGAUCUCUGUCAGCGUGACAGCUCGUGAGGAGAGAAAUGCUGAUAACCGGCAUUUCCCUGUUUACAUGUGAUCAGCUGUGAUUGGA